AUGGAAGAAGCACGAUUCAAACACAGAAAAGCUUCAAAAAGCUCAAGUGUACUAUCAAUGUUAGCUAUUCAAAGACCAGAUAAAACAUAAUCUAGUUUGCAAACAAUUGUUGGAAUAGUAAAUUCAAUGGUUGGAUCUUUAUGUUUAGUGUUACCAUUAGUAUUUUUGAAUUAUGGAGUGAUUUCUUGCACAGUGAUUAUGAUUAUAUUGGGAUUUGUUCAAUAUAAUACUUGUUCUCUUUUAAUACUUCAUCUAAAAGAUUAGGAAAUAGAUACUGAACAUAUGAUCAAAAGAAUUUUAGGUAAACCAUGGAUGCAAGCUUUCAGAUUUUGUUCUGGCACCUUAUUGUUUAUUGUGGGAAUCAUUUACUUUCAAUUAAUCAAUCUUACAUUAUACCCAAUUACAACAUACAUUUUAAGCUACAAUGAUAUUGAAUUUGCAGAUGCAAGUGAAAAUUUUGUAUUUAAUAAGUAUUUAUUACUUUAUAAUUUUUAAGGUAUUCAAUUUAAUGGUAAGCUUUGAUAGUCUUUCUUCCACUAUCAACAUUAUUGUUAAUUAAGGAUAUUACAACAAUUGUUAAAAUAGCUCAUUAUGGAGUAAUUGCUUUAUUUGCAUAUGGAAUCUUUAUCAUUUAUAUUUUUAUAGUUAAUUUGACAAGUGAGGAUAUUUCAUAAAAAUUCCAAUAAAUAACAUUAUGGUCUUGGGAAUUUAGUUAACCUGCUGGUUAAUUUGCUUUAGCCUUUAUGAUUCAUAAUGCUAUAGGAUAAUUAAUGAAAAAUAAUGAAAAGAGAGAUAAUAAUUCUAGAGAUUUGGCUAUAGCUUAUACAAUUGCAGGAAUAAUUUAUGGCAUAGUUGGAAUAUUUGGUUCAAUUGGAAUUCUGGUAAUAUUAUAAAUUAAUUUAGGGAAUUGAAAAUGUUCAUGAUGCUUAAACGAUUCUUAAUUGUUUUAAGAAAUCAGAUGUAGAGAUUAUUAUAAUAGAGAGUUUAUUUUUAGUACAUUUGGUUACAGCAUUUCCAAUAUUUAAUAAUAUUAGCAAAUAUUAGAUUUUGGAAGUUCUUUAUAAUAAGAAGGAACCAUCUAAAAUGGUAUAUUGGGGAUUCAGCAUUUUGUUUAUGGUUUUAUGUUUAACAAUCUAAAUUUUGAACAUUCCAGUUGGAGUUGUAAUUUCUUUUGAUGGAGCAGUUUGUGGGUUCUUAUUAGUUUACAUAGUUCCAAUCAGUUUGCAUUUGAAAUGUUAUUACAGUUAGAAUAAGGUCACUUUGAUAGGGGAUGAAGAUGAUUAAUUUAAUACUCAAUAAAAUUGUGUGAAUCAUAAGGAUAAGAAUUCGAUUCCUAUGUUUGCUAGGAUUGCAUUCUACACUUUGAUGAUGGGAAUUGGAAUAUACAAUUUAUUUGUAUAAUUUUAUGAUAUAUUUAAAUCCUGA